AUGGAUCCAGCUUACUUUUUUAGUGGUAACGAUGAAUUGGAUUAUUCUUAUCAUCUGGCACCUCUGACUGAUCCGUGUGAAACCGAUAGCCUUGACCCAUUUACAUUUGAAGAAGUCCAAGUAGUGAAGAAUAAGCGAAAACGUAGUGGUGACGGAAAAGGUGGCAGCGGUAGCGAAACUUACAUCUGUGAUUAUUGUGAUGCAUCAUUUACUUUGCUACAUAAUGCUCAAGCUCAUAUAAUUACCUACCACGUAAAAGGCAAACAGAAAAAAAUGUCAGAUCGCCGAGUUCGCUAUAAGUGUAAGAAAUGUGACAAACUGUUCCUUUCUCCGGAAGCCGUAAAACAUCAUCACAAUCGUUUUCACAGCAAGUCGAUGAAGCAGUGCACGCAUUGCGACAAACAGUAUAAGUCACAAUCGUGCCUUCAAGAGCACAUAAAUAGCAUUCAUUUGAACUUGCGUCCUUUCGUUUGCGACCAGUGCUCGGCAGCUUUUGGCCAUAAAUGUGUACUUCGCCGACACUACAUGAUAAAACAUUUGAACUUCGAAUAUCGUUGCCCUUACAAAGAUUGCACUCAUCCUGGAUUUAAGUGUUCAAAGGCAGUAACAGCGCAUAUUAGAUCUGUACAUACUCACGUGCGACCUUAUCCGUGUAGUAUCUGUGGGCUUCGUUUUGUCCGACGUAAUGAUAUGGUGGUCCACAAAAAAUGCCAUUCAAAUAAGUACGACCACGAAUGUCCGGAGUGCGGAAAAUGCUUCCGACAGAAAACCAAUUUGAGGAGCCACAUGAAAAAAAUACACAAAGAAAGCACUUACGUAAUUUGA